GAUGAGAUAAGCACAAUCAAACCUCCACGUGCCUCGGCUUAACACGUUAUCUCCAUCGCGUCUCAUUUUUGGGAAUCGCAUCUCUCAGGGGAACGAGCACCUGUUUUUUCGCGGCGGCAGGGUUUCGACUGUCAUUCUUUCUCUUCACACAGGCGGCAUUGUCGUUAGUUUCGCCUGUCUUCCUGAGACGCCUUAACGCUAGCUUGUUUUUUCUCAUUGAUGGUACCUGGGAUCUAUAGCAUAGCUAGCUAGCUAGCGAUAAUCGACUACCGUCAACAUGGCUUCCCUGUCCACUCUUUCCCACCUCCUCCAGGAAUGCAUCUCAUCUCUUCUCACCUGGAAGGCACUAGCCCUGUUUCUUGCACUGAUCAAUUUGAAGAAUCUUCCUCUGGUCUGGCAUGCCCGCCUCGCCCACCACCUCUACCGCAACAUCCGGCGCACCCCGCAAGACCCGCACCACCCAGCCUCCACGCACCCGCCGCCGCACGCGACGCACCCGAUCUUCCUCCCGCUGACCAUCAGCUCGCGCACCCCGAUCCUGGAAACCGACUACAACUUCCACAAGUCCAACAGCACCUACUUCUCCGACCUGGACAUCGCGCGCACCGCCCUGGCUACCCGCAUCUUCACCCCGGGGUCGCGCAUCGUGAACCGCGACCUCGACGCCGAGGCCGCGGCGGCGUCUUCAGCAUCAUCAGCAUCAUCCGACGGGAAGGAGAAGAAGCAGCCCCCCAAAGGCGGAAGCAAACUCGGGCUGUACAUCGCCCUGGGCAGCGUGUUCUGCAGCUUCAAGCGCGAGAUCAAGCCCUUCGAGCGCUAUGAGAUUACCUCGAGGGUGAUCGGUUGGGAUGAGAAGUGGGUGUAUAUGAUUAGUUAUUUUGUGAGGCCCCAGGCCGGAAAGAAGGGGAGGUUGUUGGCUACCGCACUGAGUAAGUAUGUGGUUAAGAAGGGACGGGUGACGGUGCCCCCUGAGAGGGUGCUGAGGGCGAGUGGGUUCUUGCCGGAGAGGCCGGUGGGGUCGGUGGGUUCUGGGAGCUUGACGCCGGGGGAGAGUGGGAGUGGGAGUGGGAGUGGGAGUGGGAGUGGGAGUGAGGAGGGGCAGUUGUUGGAUGAGGGGAUUACGGCCACAGCCACGGGGGUGGAUGCGGCGGUCGUGAGGGAGGUGUUGCUGGAUGCUGGGGAUGGUGAUGAAGCGGCGAAGGAGGAGCAGAGGGAGAGGAAUGUUCAUUCGUGGAAUGAGGAGGAUUGGCCGUGGGAGAGGAUCGAGGAGGAGAGGUUGCGUGGUUUGAAGGUUGUGGAGGGGUAUGCUGGCUUGGAUGCGAAGUUGUUUGAGGAGUGGGGUGGGGAGUGAGUGGUUGCUUGCAUAGAGUUAGACUUAGAUUUCGGGCUUUCUUUCAUGGGAUUCGAUGUAGAAUGUAUGAUUUCGGCUUGGCUGGGGGUGAUGGUUGGUCUUGAUAUUACAGUUCACUGCAUUAAUUGUUGCACAAGAAGGGAUGCUAUCGCUGGCUAUGAACGUCUA